AUGGAGGUUUCAGGUAUUGAAAAUUCAAGCCAAAAAAUAGUCAAAAAUGAUCCAGCAUCUUAUUCUAAGACAUGUUUAACAGAAAUGCAUGCUGCUUUGACUGAUUUAAUAGAAAGUUUUGAAGUACCAAAUAGCUCAAAUAUUAAUAAGAAAGUUAAAAAUGUUGAAAGUAGGUUAGAAAUUUUCAAAUCAUCAUUAAAUCAAAUACCUGAUAUUGACCAUAAUUUAUUGUAUCAAGAAAAAAAAAUUAAAGACUUACGACGGUGUCUUGAGUUAAAGAAAAAUCUAAUUAAUAGAUUGUAUGCAUUACCUAAAAAACUUGAAGAUAUAAAGCCUGGAAAAGGAAUUAGUGAAAUUUUAAACAAGAAACCGGCAGCCACAAAAUAA